AUGUCUGCCACGUUGGGCUACUUGCAGAAAUUCUUGCACCGUGACCACGCACAGCAAGCCGGGCUUGACUGGCAGCGCGACACUAAGGCGCUCAACACCAACCCGUUCAAUGUCGAGGUGCAAUAUCGCAUCACGAAGGCCAUCCGCCAGCAAGCAAUCAUGGAGAACUUGGAACACGUGCUCGACUACCGGCAGGUGUUUGGGCGAGUGACUGCGUUUCAGACGGGCGCGGAUCAACGAUGUGGUCGAAAAGCCUCUGCACACAACGAGUCUGUGCCAGGUGGAAAUGCCACCAAGAGAGCACUAUGGAGUCUUAUGCAGACACAUGCUGUUCUAUUUGUGAGGGAGUGCACACCUCUCUCGCCGGAGCACUUUGCUAUGCAGCCACAUCUCUGUUCUAUUGUUCAUGUUCCACCCACACAUUGUCUUCGCUUGGUCGUACAAACACCAUCAAGCAGGAAUGCGCUACUCGGAUCCUCAAGUAUCUGUUCCUCUCGCGAAUCAGGUAACGGUCCCCAUUCAGCUUCUCUUUCAGAAGCAAACCUUGGAGUUGUGGAACGCGCUAAAGACUGAUGCCAACGAAAUUUGCUUCUACGUUCUCGACAAUAGGUAAUUAAGAGGCCUCCAGUUCUGACGGAUGGUAUGUCUAGAUGAGCUUCUCGCCUUCAAUCUCCCAAUAGUCCCAGAUAUUUGAAAUGUCAUCGCCAUUGUCGCCAAUUGUUGGUUUUGGCGCAGUAUUUUAGCGGCUUUCAUGAAACGAACAUAGCUACCCUCCUUGCUGCAACCGAGCCACUUAUGUUCCUCAAGACAUGGGUAAGGUCACAUUCUCAGCAGCACAGGGCAUGUGGACGCCUAUGAGCAAAUUCUCAAGACAGGGGGCAUCAUAAGCCAUGUUCCCGCUCAGUGCUUUCACUUGCUGGUAUGUCCCUUUCGCUUU